AUGAACCGCGGGUCCCGCGAAGAGCUGCUGGGCAGCUCUCAGGAGGCUCUCCGGAACAGCCAGCACGACCUCCGGAAUAUUUAUGAGCGGCCUCUCUCCAGGGAAGAGAAAACAUACCUUCUCCAUGCUGACAGAGGAGACUACGCAACCGUAAAAAGGUUAAUAGAUCAAUACUCAAGGAACGAGGAUGUGUUCGAUAUCAACUGCGUGGACCCUUUGAACCGGUCGGCUCUCAUUGCUGCAAUCGAGAACGAGAAUAUCGAGCUUAUCAAACUACUGUUGGAUUCUGGAAUCAAAGUUAAGAGUUGGGAGUCCGUUGAUCCUUCCGCGUCAACGUUCACGCCGGAUAUCACCCCUUUGAUCCUGGCUGCUCACAGGAACCACUAUGAAAUUCUAAAGAUCCUGCUAGACAGAGGCGCCACGCUCCCCGUGCCCCACGACGUCAAGUGCGGCUGCGACGAAUGCGUCAAGUCCUCCCAGGAAGACUCCCUCCGCCAUUCUCAAGCUCGUAUCAACGCUUACCGCGCUCUAACGUCUCCUUCCCUCAUCGCUCUAUCUUCUGCUGACCCUCUACUCACAGCUUUCCAGUUGUCUUGGGAGCUGGGUAGACUCAGCAGAAUGGAGACCGAGUUUCGAGUGGAAUAUAAGGCGUUGCGUCAUCAGUGUCAAGAAUUCGCCACCGCACUUCUGGAUCACACACGAACGUCCAAGGAGUUAGAGAUCAUGCUCAACUACAACCCCCUGGAACUUGACAUUUGGGAGCCAGGAGAACGACAGACCUUGGGACGAUUAAAGCUUGCUAUUCAGUAUAAACAGAAAAUGUUUGUAGCCCAUCCGAAUGUCCAGCAACUCCUCAGUGCGAUAUGGUACGAGGGCCUGCCCGGGUUUAAACGGAAAAACAUCGUCGGACAGUGCGCGCAGGUGGCAAGAAUGGGCAUAAUGUUUCCCGUGUACUGCACGAUCUACAUGCUAGCUCCCAACUCCGAGUACGGACGGUUCAUGAAGAAACCGUUCGUUAAAUUCAUCUGCCACAGUUGUUCUUAUAUGUUGUUUCUUUGUCUCCUUUCCCUAGCGUCUCAACGCAUAGAAUACUUACUCCUAGAAUGGUCCGGUAUCCGAUGGCUACAGGAAUUAGUGGAGUACUGGAAGGAACACGAGCGCGGUUCACUGCCGGGCAUCAUCGAGUUCACGGUCGUCAUCUACAUAGCAAGCUUAAUAUGGGCUGAAAUUCGAUCACUUUGGACCGGCGGUAUCUCGGAGUACAUCAGUGAUCUGUGGAACAUCGUGGACUUCAUAACCAACAUGUUUUAUAUUGCGUGGAUCAGUCUACGUGUAUCUUCUUGGUACAUUGUACAGCGUGACUACAAAAAUGGCCUAGAUCCGUGGUACCCUCGCGAGCGUUGGGAUUCUUACGAUCCGAUGCUUCUAUCCGAAGGCGCCUUCGCAGCCGGCAUGAUCUUGUCAUUCCUCAAACUGGUGCACAUCUUCUCUAUCAACCCUUACCUCGGGCCUUUGCAAGUCUCUUUAGGAAGAAUGAUAUUGGAUAUCAUUAAAUUCUUCUUUGUUUAUAUGUUGGUGCUGUUUGCUUUUGGGUGUGGUCUCAAUCAACUCAUGUGGUACUACGCCGAACUGGAGAAAAUUAAAUGCUAUCAUCAUCCAAAUGGAAUACCAGAUUUCGAUAACCAAGAGCGAGCCUGCACUAUUUGGAGAAGAUAUGCCAACUUAUUCGAAACUUCUCAGUCUCUCUUCUGGGCGUCUUUCGGUCUUGUGGACCUGACGACAUUCGAACUGACCGGCAUUAAGAGCUUUACCCGCUUCUGGGCAUUGCUGACCUUCGGCUCAUACUCCGUUAUCAAUAUUAUUGUGCUAUUGAACAUGCUUAUUGCUAUGAUGUCCAAUUCUUAUCAGAUCAUUUCGGAACGAGCUGACAUGGAAUGGAAAUUUGCGCGCAGUACACUCUGGAUGUCAUAUUUCGACGACGGCGACACUGUUCCUCCACCGUUCAACAUCAUACCUACCCCGAAGCAAUUAGUGGGAUGGAUAAAUAACUGUUUCACCAGCAGAGACAGAGGAUCUAUUAUAAACAAAUCCCGCGAGAAAGCACGUCAAGACCAUGAAGCGGUAAUGCGGGUCCUGGUCCGGCGAUACGUGAUGGCUGAGCAAAGAGCUCGCGAUGAGGUCGGCGUCACCGAAGACGACGUUAUGGAGAUCCGACAGGAUAUCUCCACGUUACGAUAUGAGCUCAUCGAUAUCCUGCAUAACAAUGGCAUGAAGACGCCUAGGAUCAAUCAACAGGAUGCUACAGUAUCGGGCAAGAAAGGCAAAGUCAUGGAGCGACGCAUCCUGAAGGACUUCCAGAUCGGAAUUGUGGAAGGCAUAAUCAAAGAUGUUAUUUCACGCGAGACCAAGCCUAAAGAUGUUUUCAGUCAGAUUGCUAAGGCGAUUGUUCGACGGGGAAGUACUGACAGCAAGAAACGCGACUGGAAUGCGGUCGUGCGCACGAAUACGAUGCAGCGUGACCCUAUUGGUACAACGGCUGAACUACAAAUCAAGCGCUGCCGACAAUCACUUAGAGCUCAUAUCCUUGACAAUGUUGAAGCUCGUACCAUUGAUCCGCAGAAAUUGCUAGAGUACAACCCAAAUCUGCAAGAGGUAACGCCAACAACGCGAGUAGCAUACGCGAAAUUCAUGCGCAGCAAGAUCAAAUCCGAUUUCACGGCGAAAGAAAACAGAAAGAAAACCUCAGAAUCCGAAAUCAGUUUGGAGGACGAGGUGUUUGAAACGCCCAAAAAGCAAGCCUCCAAAAGAUAUAAAUCGUUCCGUAGCAGAACGCCAAUCCCGGAAACAUCAGACGACGAAGGACUUAAAGACAAUGAAGUAAAAGUGGAAGCUGAUAUUGAAGAUAAAGGUUCCGAAGGUGGAUCGGAACAAACAAGACCAUUGAAAUCAUCGUCUCAAGAACCAUCAGAACCGAGUACACCAGGUUACGACCCCAUCAGUGAUAAACGUCUACCACCGCCACCGCAAUUUGAUACCAAAGAGCAUAUCGUACAAAUCGAAGAACCCGAAUCUCCAUCAACAACUCUUUAUAUAACUAAAGAAGAAGAUUAUUGUUUGCAAAAGCCUUUAAGUCCUACUACGAAUGAAUGCUCUCAGUUAGAACAAAUACUUUCCGCUUCGACUCUGGACUCCCAGUAUAGACAAAUGACAAAAGACCCUGAAUUAGGUCUACCUGAAGCCAGUUCUUCAAAGGUUUCAGAACAAUCACCAGUAAUAUCUGAAUCUACAAGCGGGACUCCUAAAUUUAGUUCUACAUUGACUGCUCCUAGUCCGAGUCCUACGACUUCCAGUCCCACGACUCCUAGACAUACUUCUAGCCCUAGAUCUUCUGGAGUUAGCCCUGCAAUAUCCCCUUCGAUGACUACUAAAACUGAUAAGGGUAAGUCCAAAGUGACUGGCAAAGUUGUUUCUGGCUGGCUAUAAAUUUUAACACUAAGUGAUGCCUCAUUGCAUUACCUAAAUUGCAAUGUGCUAAGAAAUUUUGCUCACACUUUACUUACUACUUAAAAUUGCCUUUAUUAUAUGUUUAAGUGUGAGUAAUAGCCACUGAAAUUAGUAUAAUGUAAAUGGGGUUUUCAAAUUAGUAUUCGACCCUGAAAAUAAUGG